AUGGCCUAUACACAUCAGGACUCUCCGCCAGAUGCAACUGACCCAACUACCCUCCCUCCACUCCCGCUUCCUCCGGGCGUGUCAUCCCGCUAUGUCGACUGUACUACCUCGCACAGCCUUGUCUUUCACAUUCUCGAAUCUCUUCCAGACCUGAAGUCUUCAGCCUCAAAGCCUAAACUCGUUCUUCUCUGCCAUGGCUUUCCCGACCUGGCAUACUCAUGGCGGAAGAUGCUCCCUCUUCUCUCGUCACAGGGUUACCAUGCCGUCGCUUUCGACCAGAGAGGUUUUGGCCGGACAUUUUCACGAAACCCUCUUACAGAAUCAUCAUUUCGUCCCCUCGCAUUGCUUCGGGAUACUGUUGCACUGGUUCAGGCGCUGGGAUACACGUCGGUCUCCUGUAUAGUUGGACAUGACUUUGGCGCUGUCCCUGCCAGCCUAUGUGCAUUGGCAAGGCCCGACAUGUUCCACUGCCUCGUUCUGAUGUCUCAUCCUUCAAAAGGCCCUCCGCAAUUGCCAUUCAACACAUCUCCCGCCUACGGCGAGCCGUCAGCUGCUCCCUUACCUCCACCUCCUCCCAUCGAUGAGGCCCUAGCAGCUCUGCCCCGGCCCAGAAAGCCAUACAAAUGGUAUUAUUGUGAGCCUUCUUCUAACGCGGAGAUGACAUAUCCCGCUGGUGCACACCUCCAUACUUUUCUGCGCGGCUACUUCCACCUCAAGUCCGCCGACUGGGACGGCAACCACCCUCACCGAUUAGAAGGGUGGACCGCCACCGAACUUGAGAAAAUGCCUCGGUACUAUGUCAUGGAUCUAGCGGACACAAUGCGCCAGGCUGUUGCGCGGGAUAUGGAGGCAGAGGACCCGAAAAUAGUAAGCUCGCGGUCGUCACGCUGGCUUCCAGACGCCGAACUGGCAGUCUACGUUCAGGAAUACGGCCGUACGACGUUCCAAGGCGGGCUGAAUUGGUAUAAGGUCCUAACGCAACCGGAUACAGCGGCGGAAAUGGAAGCGUGGUCUGGUAUGAAGAUACCUAUUCCGACGAUCCUGAUCUGCGGGAAGAGUGACUGGGGAACGUACCAAGUGCCCGGGGCGCUGGAAGCCAUGGAGCAAGGGGAAAGUGUGGGACCGGGGCUGUAUAAGGGUACGAUAUUGAUGAGCGAAGCUGGGCAUUGGGUCAAUCAGGAACAACCCGAGAGAUGUGUUGAGGAGAUUUCACGACUUAUCGAAGAGGCGUCCGUGGCUAGGACCUUUUCGGCAGGGAUUCCAAUUUGA